AUGGAGUUACAGAUGCGAUUAUGGAAUAAGGACUGGGCCUCCUUUAUCGGGCCGUGGAUACCGAUACUGCUGGGCCUUCACCUCCAGUUCUCGCGGGCCUCCAACUGUCCGGACGAGUGCCGCUGCGAUCGCACCUUUGUUUACUGCAACGAGCGGAGCCUGACCUCAGUGCCUCUGGGAAUCGGUGAGGGUUAUAAGAUCCUCUUCCUCCACAACAACCAAAUCAACAACGCUGGCUUCCCUUUGGAGCUGCACCACGUGGCGUCAGUGGAAACUGUCUAUCUUUAUGGCAACCAGCUGGAUGAGUUUCCCAUCAAUCUGCCCAAAAACGUCCGAGUUCUCCAUCUGCAGGAGAACAACAUCCAGACCAUCUCUAGAGCCGCUCUGGCUCAGCUGCUCUGGCUUGAGGAGCUGCAUUUGGAUGAUAACUCCAUUUCCACCGUGGGGGUGGAGGAGGGGGCUUUCCGUGAGGCGGUGAGCCUGAAGAUGCUCUUCCUCACCAAAAACCACCUCAGCAGCGUGCCUAUCGGUCUCCCCGAUGAUCUCAAAGAGCUUCGACUGGACGAGAACCGGAUUGCCAUCAUUGCAGAGGAAGCUUUUAGAAAUGUAACCCGCCUGCAGCGCCUCCUGCUGGAUGGGAACUUGUUGACAGAUGAAGGAAUAGCACCAGGAACCUUUCAGGACCUCGUCACCUUAAGGGAGCUUUCCCUCGCCCGAAACUCGCUCACCUACCCGCCUCCAUUUCUCCCAGCGGAGGUGUUGGUGAAGUUAAACUUUCAGGAUAACCAGAUGAAUCAGAUCCCUGUGAAAGCGUUUGCAGGGCUGCACAAGUUGGAGCGGUUGGAUGUUUCUAACAACCAGCUGCAGACGCUGAUGGAGGGAGUCUUCGACGGCCUCGGCAGUCUCAGGCAGCUUACGGUUCGGAACAAUCUUUGGCUGUGCGACUGCCGCAUUAUGUGGGUGGUGUCAUGGCUGAAAUCACUGCCGUCCUCGCUGAAUGUUCGCGGCUUCAUGUGCCAUAAACCAGAGAAGUUUCGGGGCAUGGUGAUCAGGGAGCUGAAUGCUGAGCUGCUUCAGUGUCCACAGAGCAUGGUGACAGUUGCGCCGAAUGAAUCUGCUCCAACGCCUUCCCCAGAAUCCCCGCUUAUCACUCAGUUUAUCUUGCCCUCCUCCUCCAGACGACCCUUCACAACGUUACCCUCCCUCCGCCCGACCUUUUCAACCAGAGGGGUGGGCCUAAGGACUAAGAAACCUCUCUCCCCCAGGAGUGAGAAUCUGCAGGUGACGUUUGCGAUCCUGAACGGUUCAGCGAUCCAUGUCAACUGGGUGGCCAACUUCCCCGUCACUGCCUACAAGGUGACGUGGGCAAGGAUGGACCCCAGUCUGACAGGGGACACUGUCAGAGAGAGGAUAGUGGGUGGGGACCACCGGGGGAUCCGACUGGCUAAUCUUGAGCCAAAGUCCACCUAUCGGAUCUGUGUCAUCCCGCUGGAUGCGUUCAAUAACUACCGGCCCAAAGAUGACACAGUGUGCACGGAGGCCGUAACCACGCUGGCGUCUUACAGCCCUGAAACCAACAAACGACCGUCAGGGCCAGAGCAGGCCACGCAGCCAGAAACCAGCUCCCCUUUCCUGCUGGCCGGGCUGAUCGGUGGGGCUGUCAUCGUGGUCCUGGUGGUCUUUCUCAGCAUCUUCUGCUGGCACAUGCACAAGAAGAGCCGCUCCAAGUCCUCCAACCAGUGGAAUUACAACCGGGGUCGGAGAAAAGACGACUACUGUGAGGCGGGCACCAAGAAAGAUAAUUCCAUCCUGGAAAUGACUGAGACCAGCUUCCAGAUCGUCUCGCUCAACAACGAGCAGCUCCUCAAGGGAGAUUUCCACAUUCAGCCUAUUUACACGCCUAAUGGGGGCAUUGGUUUCCGAGACUGCCCCCUGGGGAACAACAGCACAGUCUACUGCAAGAACAAGGUUCAGGAUGCAGACUAUUGCCGCACAUGA